GGUGGGUGAGAGAAAUAGACAGAAAAACACAGCAAGAGAGACAACAGGAAGACACAAACAGGGUGAGAAGCUGGAGGAGAGAAGAAGGGACAUAAUGAGAGGAGGAGAAGAAGAAACCCAUUCCAGCUGUGUUUUUAUAACGAAUAGAGCCGUGAGAACUUCUCAUUGAAGAAUUUUCCACUGCAUGCCAAGGGAACAAACAUUUACUUCAGAUAUUUUUGGUCAGUAUCAUCUGUUUUGGUCAAGCUGUAAUUCUAACAGAAACACUUUGCUGAAACAGUACAGAAAUAGCACCAGGCUUCAUUGUUAAGAAGUCAUUUUGGUUCACUUUGUUUUGUGCAUCUUGAGCUGGCCAUUUGAAGAGUCCCAAACAUGAGCGCAGACAACCUGACUCUGCUGGACAGCUUGCUCUUUGCCCCUCUCUGCGAUGGCUGGAGCAACAACACAGAGGGAGCCAUCUACCAUUUGGGUAACACCAUCCUGUUCCUGGGCUACAUGGGAGGAAGUGGGGUCUACGGCUGCCUCUUCAUCUUCAGCUUCCUGACCCCUGCAUUUCUGUGUCUGACGCUGUGGGGCUGGUUGACGAUGUGCAGCCUGGACGUCUUCAUAUGGAACCUGCUUUUGCUGCUCGCCUGCUCUGCUCAGAUCUGCCACCUUUUUUACCGGCUGCUCCAGGAAGGCAUAUGCAGUGAGGAGCUGACCUCCCUCUACAAGGCAGUCUACCUGCCGCUAGGCGUACCCAUCCAUGUGUUCAAGGAGAUAGCAAGUGCUUUUGAGAAUAAGGUGGUGGAGCUGAAAGCUGGAGAGACAUAUGCUGUGGAGGGCAAGACGCCCAUUGACCAGCUCUCCUUUCUGCUGUCUGGGAGGAUCAAUGUAUCUUUGGAAGGCCAAUUCCUUCAUUACAUUCAUCGCCACCAGUUCCUCGACUCUCCAGAGUGGGAGUCUCUCAGACCAAAUGAGGAGGGAAAGUUCCAGGUGACUCUGACAGCGGAAGAAGACUCUCGCUAUGUCUCAUGGCGUCGCCGUCGCCUCUACAUGCUGAUAUCAAAAGAACGCUACAUUGCUCGCCUCUUCUCUCUCAUGUUGGGCUAUGACAUUGCAGAGAAGCUCUACAACCUUAACAACAAGCUCUACAUUAAGAGUGGCGUGCUGCUGGACAUCCGCCUGCCCAGCCUCUACCAUGUGCUUGCUCCCUCCUCGCAGGGCAGCGAGGGUGGCAGUGAUAGUGGCUUCACCAAAGUUCAACAAACUGAACAGCAGCAUGAAGACCAAGCUCUGGCCUAUGAGAAGCCAUAUCUGCAGGGACCGAGGAAGAUCCCCCUGGAUGAGCCCCAGCCCCCCCGGCAUGACCGUUAUGAGCCCCCCUGGAUGUCAGACCCGGAGCUGCCCUCUGGAGGUGAUAGUGAUGGGAACGUACUGCCUCGAUUCCAGAGGGGCAGAGCGCCGCUGGCUCCCACUGACACACCCAAACUGUGAGAGCAGUUUCUCCUGGAAAUUCUGCAGUAUUUACAGUAUGAACGUGUCACAUAUCCUCCUCUUCAGCCCUGACCAUACGGACCCUGACUCCAUGUAAAUCACAGUUUAUAAGAUGUGAAAGGUAGUGUUGAUAUUUUGUAACAGUGGGCUUAUACUUAUCACUGUAUCAACUUUAUAUCAAACAAAUGAAUGCCAAAAAUGUACACGUUUUGUCUUGCUGCCUUAUUAAGUGUUACAAAAAUGUUAAUAAGUGAUUCUUUGUUAGUGAAACAAACAAACAUGGUUUUCAUCUAAUAUUUGAUGUUUGAGUUGAACCUCACAUGAUUUGAUGUCAAAAAUUGAUUCACAAAUCAUUUACACUUAGUGUUACACAGAGAACUACACUAACUACACACAUUUAACUCUAGACCUGAUUAAAAAAAAUCACAGUGUGUCAACUGAUGUGUUGUAUGACUGCGUACAAGGAGGAGAUAAGCAUCAUACCCAAAUUUAGUUAUGUAUCGUUCCUUUGUCUCCACUCCAGUGUAGGUACAUUUUCAUGACAAAGCCUACACGUUAGCAGCACAGAUUUUCUCCAUUUCACUGUCAUGUUUUGUUUGUUUAGUUUAUUUAUGUCACUGCACCACGGCUUGGUCCAGUGUCAGAAGUGUUUAUUUUCUACAGGUGAGCUUGUUGUACUGAUUGUCACAGCAUGAUGCCAAGUUUUAUCUGAAGGACAACUUCUUCUUUAGUAAAAUAUGGGAUGCCUGUAGACCAUGUUUUUUAAUAUUUGUAUCUAAUGGAGUAUUUACUACACAUUUGUAUACUGUGAAUUUCCUUAUUUGUCUGUUAGUCACUUCUAAAAUAAAGAGAUGGGAUUAAAAUGAAGAAUUAUUCUCAGGGGGGCAAACAUUCUCCAUGAAGCUUGUUGUGUGCGGUGAACUGUGUACUUCAUAUGACCACUUGAGCAAAUCAAAGCACUUUGUGUUGUUAAGGUACAAAAGUUAAAAAGCAUUUAUCAUAACGGUGACAUGACAAACAAGACCACCACACACUGACUGCACAUCGAAAUAAAGACAUUUUAACUUUUGUGCUGUGAUGAAUCAGUGGGCCUUUCAUUUUUUUGUGGCCUAUCAAUGUAUCAAGAGUGUUUUGUGUCACAUUGCACAGAUACAAAAGUGUGUUUGUAUUUGUUACUAGCUAGGAGGAGCUCAGCUACCGGUACUUUGAUGACAAGACACUCUGCACUAUGAAAAAUGAUUUACCAUACAAACAUUAACAGGGAUGUCUCUGCUUAUUGCUAAAUCACUAAAAAUAGAACAGAGUGUGGUUUCCUGGAACAGAUUUUCAUCUCAAAGUUACAGUAGAUCCCGAGUGUAAGGCCAGGUCAUUAGAAACACUUUUCA